GGGUUGUCCGUGGGCUGGAAGAUUCAGUACGGAGUUUAAAGUGCAGUUGAACACAAACAUGAAGUGGCUUCUGUUGACGGUUUUGUUGUACGGAUUAGCUACGGCUGCCAAACUUCGCGAACCCUCGAAACGUGUUCCGAUGGGUGAGUUGGCCGAACGGACCGAAGAGUUCCGAGUGGCGUUCGAUGAACUGCACACCGAGAAGGAUGGAUUCGUUCAAAUUACCCGACUUUUGUCCAGUGGAGAACUCCAUCUGCUGAACAGGGCUUCGCUGACGGUGAUUGGUCACGCGUGGAGCAAUAUUACGAACCAUUUCAACGAAACGUUGGAAAGUAUAGACAGUUCGGAUGGUGCCGAGGAUUGCCUGGAGGAACUGAGGGAGGAAAUACUGGCGGAACAGAUUCGUGCUGCCGACGAGAUGAGCGAAUGUGCUGCGUUCAAGAUUCAAAUCAAGGAAGGCCUUUCGGACGAAUUCCGUGCGUUGGGCAACACGCUGCAGAUCAUUUCGACCAUGGCGGCCGAAUACACGCUGUACACCUUCGCCAUUCACAACUCUUUCAUCGAAUCGGCCGACCAUCUGGACUGGCUAGAGCGGAACUUCGAGUUGCAGCGUAAUUUUUGGGACACAACUGCCCGGAUCGAAGCCCAAGCCGAUUUGGAUGCCAUCGAGGCAAACCGUCCGGCAUUGAUAAAGGAGUUCACCGAAUGCUUGAGCCACAUCCCGGAGGUGCUGGACGAGUUCAACGAGGACAUCCUGACGCGAUUGGAGCAGUGUUAGGGAGUUGUUUUUUUGAGAAUAAAUUCUGUAGAUUUCUGACCAUCA